AUGGCCGAACUCGGCCUGAUCGGCACCAUCAUCGGCAUCGCCGGCGCAGGUGUCAAGCUGUCCAUCACGCUAUACAGCUUCUCCGAGACGGUGACGGCCGCUCCCGCCGAGAUCAAGAACAUCGCGCGCGACGUCUCGCUGACGGCCGCGGUGCUGGAGGAGCUGGGCGCGAACCUCAAACAGGAUGACCAGGCGCGGCUGUAUUCGGGCACGGCAGUGCAGACGGCGCAGGAGGUCGUGACAGAACGCGAGGGCGUGUUCAGAGAGAUCGACGCCAUGGUCGCCAGGGCGGUGGAGAGCGCUGCCUCAAAGAAGGGACUGGUCAAGAAGGGCGGCAAGCUGGCCUUGUCGGCGCUGGAGAGGCUCCGGUGGCCCUUCCUCCAGCCCAAGAUGGAGAUCCUGCGCGGGAAUCUGGAACGGCUCAAGAGCACGCUUGUGCUGAUGUUGAAUGUCUUGACGUACGCCCGGGACUUGCGGGCUGAAAAAAAAGCCACAUGCAAAGACGUCGACGAGAACAAUAACGAUGGCUACCAGAGGAUGCUGCUCGAAAACCUGCUUCGAGCAAACGAGGAAGCCACCAAAAAUUAUCAACACCUCCUGAAGACCAUCGGGGCCGAGGAGGAUGACGCGGUUGUGCGAGGACAAGCGCCAACAGAACAUUCAGACCCAGAGAGGGUGCAGACUGCAACUGAUCAAGAAAUGCCUUCCUCCGCUGGGGGCCCGUUUCUUGCGUUGGCCAGGCACACACCCUCAGAUGAGAAGGUCGCUGGGUCAAGCUCAGAAGCUUUACCUCCCCAAGAGUCCGAAAUCCUCGAAUUGACCAUGAGAAAGUGCCUCAAGCACAUCGAAAGCGCAUUGCUCCAAUUCGAACGACCAGAUUAUGUGGCCAGUCACGGCUCGCGGGUGCGCGUCAAUAUCAAGUUGGAAAAAGAAAUCAACGACUCGCGCCACACUCCGCGAGUUCUGACUCCUUGGGUAGUCUUAUCUAUUGUCGGCGAGAACCAUAGCUGGCCGGAACACGACACUCCUUCAAAUCUCGGAUCAGACGACUUGGACAUGUACGCCAGUGUUGCAGCGGUAGCUAUCGAGAGCAUUGGCGUUGAGGACUUUUUGACCUCCGAGCAACGCCGUCCGUUUCGACAUAGGAACGAGAUCAGAGUCAAAGAUCCCGUGCUACUCAGCCCCUCGCGAUUCAAUAGGGUAUCACAUCGUGCGGAAACACUCCCCGCUUUCGAGAAUGAGACUGAAACUCUGGGUUCUUCAGCGGGAGGGCAAAGAUGGUCGAGCAGAAAACCUUGGUAUUCGUCUGUUUUGGAAUCUCUUCCUUCGCCGGCGGCGGCGAUGGGUACUAUCCAAGAGACGGUGAAGAACUCUGGUCUGUUCUUUGGUGUGGAGGAGGAAUCGGAAAAUCCAGACACCGUCCUCGAGUACGACAAGGCCGAGUUCGGUGAUGCUGGAGCGUCCCAACCACUCGGGUUGAGCAGCCCCAAAUUCGUGAGAUCUCCGACAUUCGAUGACAUCCUAAAGCCUCCCUCGACCAAGGGCCGGUCCACACGUCCUUUGCCAGUCACGAGCCCGGAGGCAGGUUCAGAUAUAAACCUGGAGAGCACCGACGACUCUGAGAUAAGACCUACCAUACCGGAGGCAGCGGCAGAAGGGGAACCAGAAAGAGAGGAUUUGCCAGAUGCAUUGGCGAUGGUGGCAAAGAAAGAGGAGGCCUCGAAAGAAGCAGCAAAUUCCGCUGUCGAGGACACAGUUCGAGAUGAGAAAUCGGCCGAACAAGAGAAGCCUGAUGCAAUUGACCAGCUGCUAAAACAAUGGACGACGCUAUAUGACAAUCAGUAG